CACAAAAUAAAAAGCAAAGAAUAAUUUCUUAAAAAUGCCAAAAGAUAAACUUCACGUAAAUCUUGUCGUUAUUGGACACGUCGAUUCAGGAAAAUCAACCACCACCGGUCACUUGAUCUACAAACUCGGAGGUAUUGACGAAAGAACCAUCAAGAAGUUCGAAGAUGAAGCCAACAAAUUAGGUAAGGGAUCCUUCAAAUAUGCUUGGGUGUUGGAUAACCUCAAGGCUGAAAGAGAAAGAGGUAUCACCAUUGAUAUUUCCCUCUGGAAAUUUGAAACCAAUAAGUAUUACUACACCGUCAUUGAUGCCCCAGGACACAGAGAUUUCAUCAAGAAUAUGAUUACAGGAACAUCAUAAGCCGAUGUUGCUUUGUUGAUGAUUGCAUCACCUGCAGGAGAAUUCGAAGCUGGUAUUUCAAAGGAAGGAUAAACCAGAGAACACGUUCUUUUGGCUUACACUUUGGGUGUCAAAUAAAUGAUUUGCGCAACAAACAAGAUGGACGAAAAGACAGUCAACUAUGCUUAAGCUAGAUAUGACGAAAUCGUCAAGGAAAUGAAAGAUUAUUUAAAGAAGGUCGGAUAUAACCCAGAAAAUGUUCCCUUCGUCCCAAUUUCAGGAUGGGUCGGUGAUAACAUGUUGGAAAAAUCACCAAACUUCGGAUGGUACAAGGGACCAACUCUCCUUGAAGCUUUGGAUGCAGUUACCCCACCAAAGAGACCAACUGAAAAACCACUCAGAUUACCAUUACAAGACGUAUACAAGAUCGGAGGUAUUGGUACAGUCCCAGUCGGAAGAGUUGAAACUGGUGUCUUGAAACCAGGUAUGGUCGUCUAAUUUGCUCCAUCAGCCAUCACAACUGAAGUUAAAUCAGUUGAAAUGCAUCAUGAAGCUCUCCCAGAAGCCGUUCCAGGAGAUAACGUCGGAUUCAACGUCAAGAACAUUGCCGUCAAAGAUUUGAAGAGAGGAUUCGUCUGCUCAGACUCAAAGAGUGACCCAGCAAGAGAAUGCAACUCAUUCAAUGCUUAAGUCAUCAUCAUCAACCAUCCAGGAUAAAUCCAAAACGGAUAUUGCCCAGUAUUGGAUUGCCACACAGCCCACAUUGCUUGCAAAUUCUAAGAAAUUCUUUCAAAGAAUGACAGAAGAACAGGUAAAGUCAUUGAAGAAGAACCAAAAUUCGUUAAAUCAGGAGAUGCUGCUAUGGUCAAGUUAGUCCCAACCAAACCAAUGUGCGUUGAAAUCUUCUCUGAAUAUCCCCCACUUGGUAGAUUUGCCGUCAGAGAUAUGAAAUAAACCGUUGCCGUCGGUGUCAUCAAAGUUGUUGAAAAGAAGGAAUUAAAGAAGAAAUGAUUUAUUAAGUGCAUGUACAUUUAGUAGGAAAUUUAAACAUAUAAAUAUAAUA